UGUGUGUUUCAAGCUCUGUCAGGAGUUCUCAGUUCACACAGUGAAGACAUUGAGAGAUCAUCAUGGACCCGUCAACUUCUACUCUGCCACACUGACAUCCACGAGGUCAGUUGGCCCCACCUUUCUGUCGUGUGUAACCCCGCCCCCUCGGGGCGCGCGAGGAUAGCAAAUGAAGCAGAUUGGGGGAAACGCGGCAGCAGGAGGAGGGGGCAUAUCUUCAAGUUGGCUCUCCGGAGUCGCUCCUCUCUCCUCCCGUGUAGUCGGAGCUCUCCACCGGACCGGUAUGCGGAGGAGGUGAACCGCAGCGACCGAGCAAAGAUGCAGGCGGAGGACAUGGAGGUACCUUUCAUUAAUAACCUUAACGAUAACGGCGACAGGCAGAGGCCGAAAGGGAAAGAUGUGUUCAAGGACCAGCAGAAGGAGUCGGAGAGCUCCAUGGAGUCUCCAAACCUGGAGUUUGAAUACGGAGACACAGAUACACUCACUGCUGAACUCUCAGAGCUCUACAGUUACACAGAGGAGCCAGAGUUCGCCUUAAACAGAGACUACUUUGAAGAGGAUUUUAGGAGCCAUGCUGGAGGCAGGAGGUGGACUGAGUUGACGGUGGACGAGCAGAGGGUUUAUGUCAUGAGGCUCCUGGACGCUCUGGAGGUGACGGACAGAGAUAAGAGGCUGAAGGUGGCCAGGGCCAUUCUCUACCUGGCUCAAGGAGUGUUUGAUGAGUGCGACACAGAGGGAGAUGUGCUCCACUGGUCCCGGCACAACAUCUUCCUCCUCUACGACAUGGGCAUCUUCACCGCACUGCUGGAGCUGCUCACCAUGGAAAUAGAUAACAACCAGGCGUGCAGCAGUGCAGUGAGGAAGCCGGCCAUUUCCCUCGCAGACAGCACAGAGCUCAGAGUUUUGCUGAGUAUUAUGUACCUGAUGGUUGAGACCAUUCGAGUCCAAACAGAAGAUGACCGACCAGAGUGGAGAGCAGCCAGAGAGGCCUUCAAGACCGAAUUAGGCUCACCUCUGUACAGCGGAGAGCCCUUUGCGUUGCUCCUCUUCACCAUGGUGACCAAGUUCUGCAGCAUGAACGCGCCUCACUUCCCCAUGAAGAAGGUUCUGCUGCUCCUGUGGAAGACAUUACUGUUUACGUUGGGGGGGUUCCAGGAGCUGCAGGAGAUGAAGGUGCGAUGCCGGGAACGUCUUAAUCUGCCCCCGCUCCCAGAGGACAGCAUCAAGGUGGUCCGAGCCAUGAGGGCGGCCUCGCCGCCGGCCUCCGCCAUGGAGCUGAUUGAGCAGCAGCAGCAGCAGAAGAGAGGCCGCCGCAGCCGCAGGAGUGCCUUUGUUGAUAGCUUGGAAGGAGACAGUCCCUUUCUCAAGAAGCAGCCUCUGGUCAAGCAGGACAGCUUGGACACGUACAACGAGCGGGAUCCCUUCAAGAACGACGAUGCUCGCGACGAGGAGGACGACCCAGAGGACACGGACAGCGGCAUUGAGGGGGAAGUGGACCCGCUGGACCGGGACGUCAUCAUCCAGCCUCCUCCCCCUCCCCCACCACUGAAACCCCCAACAGAGAGGGUUAACUUCCCUAAAGGUCUUCCCUGGGCCCCCAAAGUCAGGGAGAAAGACAUCGAACACUUCCUGGAGACCAGCAGAAACAAGUUCAUCGGUUUUACUCUGGGGAAUGACACGGAGACUCUGGUGGGCUUGCCCAGACCCAUCCAUGAGAGCGUCAAGACCUUAAAGCAGCACAAGUAUGUGUCUAUCGCUGAGGUUCAGAUCAAGAGAGAAGAGGAGCUGCAGCAGUGUCCCCUCACUCUGGGCGAGGAGGAGGUGGAGGAGACACCAGCCGAAAUACUAUACGUGGGAAUGCUUCCUAACUUGUCACAGUACGUGAUCGCCCUCCUGAAGCUGCUCCUGGCUGCAGCUCCAACCUCCAAAGCCAAAACAGACUCCAUCAACAUCCUGGCUGAUGUGUUGCCUGAAGAGAUGCCUAUCACCGUCCUUCAGAGUAUGAAGCUGGGGAUUGACGUCAAUCGUCACAAGGAAAUCAUCGUGAAGGCCAUCUCCGCUCUGUUGCUGCUGCUCCUCAAACACUUCAAACUCAACCACAUCUACCAGUUUGAGAUUGUCUCUCAGCACCUGGUGUUUGCCAACUGCAUCCCGCUCAUCCUCAAGUUCUUCAACCAGAACAUCAUGUCCUACAUCAGCGCCAAAAACAGUAUUUGUGUACUGGACUUUCCUCAUUGUGUCGUCCAUGAGAUGCCAGAGCUCACAGCUGAGAGCCUGGAAGCGGGAGACAGCAACCAGUUCUGCUGGAGGAACCUUUUCUCUUGUAUUAACCUGCUGAGGAUCCUUAACAAGCUGACAAAGUGGAAACACUCCAGGACUAUGAUGUUGGUUGUUUUCAAAUCAGCCCCCAUUUUGAAGAGGGCUCUGAAGGUGAAGCAGGCCAUGAUGCAGCUGUACGUUCUGAAGCUGCUGAAGAUCCAGACCAAGUACCUGGGUCGCCAGUGGAGGAAGAGUAACAUGAAGACUAUGUCUGCCAUCUAUCAGAAAGUCCGCCACAGACUCAACGACGACUGGGCUUACGGGAACGAUAUCGACGCUCGGCCCUGGGACUUCCAGGCGGAGGAGUGCGCCCUACGCGAGAGCAUCGAGAGAUUUAGCAGCCGCCGCUACGACAGGAACAAGAACGGCGACUUCACGCCGGUGGACAACUGCCUGCAGAGCGUGCUGGGCCAGCGCGUGGAGCUGCCGGAGGACUUCCACUACAGCUACGAGAUGUGGCUGGAGAGGGAGGUGUUCUCGCAGCCCAUCCAGUGGGAGGGGCUUCUGCAGGACCCGAAACACUGAGAAACCUGACACUUAACGUGUGCUCUGUCUGUGCAGAUGGGAACAAGGUUGGGGACUUUGCUUUGACACCACUUUUUACACAAAUCUGUGCCUACGACUACUGUGAAGAAACUAAGCACAGAAGUAGCAGAUCUAAAAAAAACAAACACAUCUACACUUCCUCUGCCCUCCCUAAAAACCCACUCCCAUCAUCUUUUGAUCAGUUUUUAUAAGCGUUCUAAUGUGGUCUUCUAAUUACGAUAAUUAGCCAAAAUAAAAAAAAAUGUCGUUUUUUAGAAGCAAAACCUUCCCGUUACUGAGAGCUCCCUGUUUACAUGCUUUUCUGCGAGCUCAGACAAGGAAAAACAACAAGUGGAUGGAUCAAAAAGGGGCGGAGCAAGGAGCUUAAGACCCGCCCAGUGUAUUUUCUACAUCACAAAUACAAUCUUUUUCAAACAACAUUUUUCCUCUGCCCCGAUUCACAAUUUGAAGACAUAAUUAUUCAAAACUUUGAUUUUAAGAUGAUAAAAACACAAAAACAUGCUAAAAUUACACAAUUUUUAUCAGAGUGGGUCUUUAAAAUGUUUAAAAAAGAUAACAAGUAAAGUCUGUUUUAUCUUUGUUCUGUAAGAUGUCAGCACUUUUUCGAUUCCUUAGUAGAGUUUAAUACCCGGUCAACCUUUUCUGAUGUUUUAAAGACAGAUUGGAUGGAUUUUAUAGACUUUUUUUCACUUAAAAUAUGCUAAUGAUAUCACAAAAGAUUGUUUUUCUUAUGCAUUUUCUAGCAAAAAGUCCGGCGGAAUCACAGGGUUGGGAGCAAAAAAAUGUGACUAGUAAGCAUAUUCUCCUACAACCUAGAAAAAUAUAUAUACUGUAUACCAGCUCCAAAUGUAGGAUUUUUAUGCAGAUGAUGUGGAUUAAAGUUUGGGUGAGAAAAAAUAAAUUUGUUCCAAAAGUCAGAAUUAAUAUUGUGGAUGGUUCAACAAAAAUAAUAUUGUUAAAUGUUUAUAACUUAUUUAAUGAAGAGGCUUUUAAUUAGCUUUAUACCAGUUAUUGUUGGAAUUUAAUAAAUGCACAAACUAAAGUAUGGUGAUAGAUAAAGGAAGGAGGAACGGUAGCUUUGGAAUGUAGUUUCCUAUUGGACAGAAUAACUCCUGAGUGUCAUUUCUUUAAUACGUUUGUGGACUUUUUACAUUCACAAAACACUUAAAGGUGUUUAAAAAAGUAGAUUGUCACGGGGAGCUUUCCUGUGGAGUCACUCGAGUGGGCGACCAUCUGCCUGACAGCAGCACAAAGAAAAGGCACACAGUCAUCCAAUAAAUGGUGCUGACUCUCCCGUUUCAUCAUCAUCAUCAUCAUCAUCGUACUACCUAAAGCUCAGAUCCAGCACAGAACAAAGCACAGAAAACCAUCUCUACUUCACUUGUGUGUAAAAGUGUGCAUGACCGCUUUUACUUCGACGUCUCCAAAAAUGAUCACAAAUGGACUUUUAUUGUGAAGAUCUCUGUUGUACACCGCAAAGGAUUGUGGGAGGAUAUCUUCAACAACUAGGGUAAUAUUUUUCCUCACUAUUGCUCAGGUUAUAACUGAUAAUAUCACGUUUGAAAGCUUCCUUGCUGCUGAUGGGAAAAAAAAAACAUAUUUCUUGUUAUGAUCUAAUAAAUAAAAAUAGAAUAUUUACAACUGGUUUUGUCAAAAAAAAGUGUCAAUUGUGCCAAAUGAAUUUUUUUUCAUUGCUGCCAAAUUAGAGUUACACAACUUUUUUUUUUUUCUUAUCUAAAAAUGUGCGAUUGAUGAAAACGUUCCGUUACUUGUGUCCGUAUCGUAUCUUCAGUGUAAAUUAUUUUUCAGAGCUGAUGUGCAAAACUACAGAUGUCACUCUUCCACCUUAUUGUAAAUACUCAGUACUGAACAUAUUCAGGGGUAUGUGCAAUUGCAGAUCAAUAGAGGCAUUAUAUGAUAGCGUGAUCAAUUACAGUAUCAAAGAUGAUUAUUAAACUGUUGUGAACAUUUGA